AUGACGUCUGACGCCGAAGGGCCUAAUCCAUGUGAGAUUGUAAACAUAGUUAUAAUUUUGUCCAGCACUGUAUAACGUUUUCGUUACAUGCACUUUUUUCAGCCAUGGCCGAUCGUUUGAAGAUCUCGCGGCCCAAAACACGCGUUCUUAGCAUCCAGAGCCAUGUCGUUUCGGGAUAUGCGGGCAACAAGUCGGCUGUCUUCCCAUUACAAUUACAUGGAUUUGAAACUGAUGUUAUGAAUUCAGUUCAAUUCUCGAAUCAUACUGGUGAGAAUACGGGAUAAGAUAGAGUAAUAUGCCCUUUAUAGCGUAUAAGAAUGGAAUUCGCGGCAAAAGAUUCAACAGUGAGGACAUCAAGGAGCUUUUGGAGGGCCUAAAAAUAAAUAAUUUGGAUGACUACAGUCAUAUUUUGACUGGUAAGCGAAAAUUUUUGAAAUUCUUUGACCUCUUUUUUUUGGUAAAAUAAAAAGAAAUGUCUAGGCUACUGUGGAGACCCAAAUUUCCUGCGAGAAAUCGGAAAUUUCCUCGAGGAACAAAAGAAAAAGAACCCGGACCUGGUCUACGUCUGUGAUCCCGUAAUGGGCGAUGACGGCGUUGGAUAUGUAAGUCAAAUCUUGUGGUUAUAAUUACAACGACUUGCAGUACACCCCAAAAGAGCUGAUGGAGGUAUAUCGCGACCAUGUGAUCCAGCAUGCCAAUAUUUUGACUCCAAAUGCAUUUGAGUUGAGGUAAGUGCAAUAUAAUCUUUUUUAUACCACAUUCCCUUCGAUUUUGUGGAAAAUUUUGCUGUCUCAACGAUGAUUAUGACUUAUAUUUUCCAGAGAGUUGACUGGAAGAGACUGCAAGACAAUAGAAGACUAUCAAGAAGCCACCAAAUACCUGCAUGCCAAGUAUAACAUCCCGAUGGUUGUGGUAUCGAGUAAUGUCCCCGGAGAUGAGAGCAAACUGAUCGGAUUAACAUCACAGAAGCUGCCCUCAGGAGAGAUUGUCCAACACCUGUUCAAAUUACCCAGAUUGCCUCACAGUUAUGUGGGAACCGGCGAUAUUUUUGCAAGUCUUUUGUUGGUCUGGAUCGAAGACACGAAAGAUCUCAAGGAAUCGGUGGAGAAAGCCUUACAGUCGAUCCAGGCGUUACUCAAGAGGACCUACGAAAAGGCUCAUUGUGGGUUUGAGGGGUCAGAUUUGGGGGAAAAAAAUUAUGGGCAAAAAAAGUUACACCGACGGACACGAUCCAGUGGCAAAAAACGAAGCAUUUUGCACCCGGGAAUUAUCGAAAAUGUGGCAAAAUGCCUCCCUCUCCAAGUGAAAGAACUUCGUUUUGAAGGGCGCUUUUGAAAUCGGAGUUUUUUCACUUGGAGAGGGAGGUAUUUUGCCACAUUUUUGAUACCUCCCGGAUGCAAAAUGGUACGUUUUUGCCACUGGAUCAGGUUCCCCAUUGUAGACUGCCAAGUCCAAUAUAAAAUUACACUUCUUUUAGCCCUCUCCGCCAAUCCCUCGGCCAAAGAAAAGGAACUGCAGCUGAUCGAGAGCCGAUAUGAUAUCCUCUACCCCUCAGGCAACAUUGACUUCCAAAAGCUUUGA